GAGUCAGCUGAAGAAACUCUGCGUGAGAUCAUGGUCGGCCAGCCUCUUUUUCCCCGUUGCGCUCUUUGGAAUACAGUAUUGCUGCAGAAGUGUACAGGGGGAAAUGGUACAUCCAACAGUUAAAGUGUAACUGGGUAGCAUGGAGUGCACUGACAGCGGAAAGGAGCAGGGUGAUUGUAGUGGGAACAGCGAGACAGAUAUUGUGGACAUUCGUCCGCAAAGCCCUGCAGAACGGUUGAGGUGGUCUUUUGGUGGUCGAAGUGUGAGUUGGAGUACCGGAGGCAGUAGAAGAGACUCUGGCACUACUUAUAAUGCUCCAGGCUCUCCAAGCUCGCAGGACCCUACCAGUUCUGAUCGUGUGAUAGUGCAUGUAGACCUAGACUGUUUUUAUGCUCAGGUGGAAAUGAUCCGCAAUCCAGAAUUAAGAGGCAAGCCAGUUGGUGUUCAGCAGAAAUAUUUGCUUGUGACUUGCAACUAUGUGGCUCGAAAGCUUGGGGUCGAUAAAAUGAUGUUGGUAAAUGAAGCAAAAGAAAAAUGCCCUGAACUUAUUUUGGUAAAUGGUGAAGAUUUAUCAAACUACAGAGAAGUGUCUUACAAAGUUACUGAUUUGAUGGAAGAGUUCAGCCCACUGGUUGAAAGAUUGGGAUUUGAUGAGAAUUUUGUAGAUAUAACAGAGAUGGUGGAAAACAGGCUGAAGCAAUUCCAAAAUGGAAGUUUGUCAGAUGUGACUGUAGUUGGACAUACAUACAACAAUCAGUCAUUCAACUCUAAUAACAUGAGCCAUAUCAGGCUAGCUAUUGGGUCCCAGAUUGCAGCAGAGAUUAGAGCAGCGAUCCAUGACAGACUUGACCUUACAGGCUGUGCAGGAAUUGCAUCUAAUAAAUUGAUUUCCAAACUGGUAUCUGGAACCUUCAAACCCAACCAGCAAACAGUAUUAUUACCAGAAAGUGUUCUGACACUUAUGAACAGCUUGCCAGAGUUGAGAAAAGUACCUGGUAUUGGCCCAGGUACAGCCAGACGCCUUGCUUCACUUGCAAUAAGUAAUAUACAGGACCUACAGACUUUCCCUCUUGAAUUGCUGAAGAAGAAAGUUGGUGCUACUCCUGCCUUCCGACUGCACAAGCUGAGCUACGGUGAAGAUGACUCUCCAGUGACACCUUCAGGACCUCCUCAGUCUCAUAGUGAUGAAGAUUCCUUCAGAAGAUGCUCUUCCGAAGCAGAAGUACAGAAAAUACUUAAAAAAUUAGUUACAAACCUGCUGGAAAGGAUAAACAAAGAUGGAAGGCAACCACAUACAAUACGGUUGACAACACGUCGCUUUGCACCUGGUGUAUAUUUUAAGAGGGAGAGUCGACAGUGUCAGAUUCCAAGCCACAUUGUUCAGAAAUUUGGCACAGGGUGCUAUGAUAUUACAGCUCCACUGGUUGAAAUUUUACUGAAACUUUUCCGAAAGAUGAUUGAUGUGAGGUUACCUUUUCACAUUACACUUCUAAAUGUGUGCUUUUCCAAAUUGAAGACUACAGUUCCAUCUUUUAGGGGAUCUAUUGGAUUCUUUUUAGCCCAGAAAAAGUCAUCCAAAAUGGAUUCAUGUCAGAAAACAGAGUCUGAUUUUACUGAAGAUGAUUCAGAAGACAGUUGUCAAGACACAGUAUACAGCACAGAUGGUGAGACAAAUACCAUGGACCUUGAUCUAGAAACUGAAGAGAGUCCUAGUCCCCUUCCAGAAGUAUCUGAGAAAAAGCCAUCAGAAGUCAGCACUCAGGAAUUUCCAUUUCAUAAUCUUCCUUCUGGAAUCGAUCUGCAGGUGUUCACUCAGUUACCGGUUGAUAUCCAGUGGGAAAUUAUAACUGGUGCUGGUGGAAUAAAAGCUCCUUUUCCAAGUGUAUCCAAGCCCACAGCACCAUGUAGUCCAAAACAUAGUAAUCCAUCUUCACCUGUUUCUAAAACAAAGGUGUCAUUUUUUGCCCAAAAACUGCUUGAAAAUAAAGGAGCUCUUUGCGCUAAAGAUGAUCUGAAGCCAAGAUCCAUGUCACCUGGGAAGUCAUCCACAUAUAUUCAUUCCCAGCAGCAGUUCCAGAAUGACAAUGUGGUGGCACAUCCAUGUCCUUCUGAGCAUGAGGACCCUGAUGUAAUAAUACUUGAAGAUAGUACAGAUAGUAAGGUUGUAGAUUUGUGUGUGCCAACUUGUUCAGAUGUAAAACAAAUCUGCCAUGACACAGCUGAUUGCCUUGUUACACAAGCCAAUAAAUCUAAUACAUACUACUGUUCAAAGGAUACUUCUAGAAACGAGAGCUUGUUGGCACCCACAGUACAAAGUCCUUCAAAAUCAGUAGCAAAUUUUCCUCCUGAUGUGGAUCUCAGUGUUUUUUCAGAACUGCCUGUUGAUCUGCAGACUGAGCUGUUGUGUGAAUGGAAACAGAGGAGCCCCAUUUCAAAACUACAGGUGAAAAAACAUCAAGUAAAAUUACAAACUAGCAAAGGAUCAAAGUCAAGUGUAACAAGAUCUGUUCAAACAGAUAUACUGAGAUAUUUUAAACUUAAUCGUACAUAAAGUUACUGAAAUGGGAAAAGUAUUUGUGAUGUGCACUGCUUGAACAGUCAUACUGCAUUGUCUAUUUAGGGUUUGUCUGAGGGAGGGGGAAAAGGAAAUUCUAAUAAAAAAAGACUUAAUAUUUGCUUUAAACAGAAAAAAUAACAUAUUUAAAUAUAUUUGAACAGAAUGUGAAGUUGUCCUUUAUAAAUAAAUGGUGUAUAAUUUUCAUUGAUUAUA